AUGUCGAGCUACAAGUUCGUAAUCUUUAUUCUUGCGAUCUAUUGUUAUAUGGUCGUAGAGGCUACCUACUACGUAACCUUAAACACUCCUCAAAAUGUUCAAACGGGUUCAACUAUUACAAUUAGUUGGAAUCUUACUGGUACUCAAGACUCCAAUGCCGAGUUAGGAAUAUAUAAGGAAGCCACUUCAGCUUCUACAACGAUAAACGCUAGCGUGGACCUUUCGCAGGGAAGAGAAACCUGGGUUGUCACUGUCGAUGCUGGAAAUUACAAACUAUAUAUACUAAAUGAAUAUACUAAGAAUAUCAUAUAUUCUGAUGUUUUUACUGUCCAAUAUGUUAGUUUGGACAGUAAUGAUAGUUCGAGCAGUACUACUGGUUCGGGCACUAGUCCAGAUCUAAUAAUCAUCAUAUUGGCUUUUUCAAUAAUGGGUUUUGCUGUUAUUACUUUCGCUAUAAUCGGAGUUUACAAGGCGGAUGACAAACCAAUUUUUUUAAUAUUAUACUUAUUAGCAUUCUCCCUUCCUCCAUUAGCUGUUGCAAUAUGUUUUCAUAAAGGUAAACCUAAAAGUACUUAUGGCGCAACAGUUCACGUGAUAUUUAGUUUAUGCACCACUUUUACCUACAUUGCUGGCGUACUUCAUGCCCUUUAUUGGAUAUUUACUACUUUUGUUUCUAAGGAAGCUACUGAGGAAGCUAAUAAGGAAGGUUAA